UUAUUUAACUUUUAUAGCUUAAAAAAUAAAAUAGCAUAAAAAAAAUUGCUAGCCCCAUCUUAUAACUCCUGCUAGAACUAUUAUUUAGCUGUGGCUGGGGUUGUAAAAAGACCCAAAUUUGGCGGGGGCUGGGGCCCCAGUCACUCACUACACACAAGUGUGGAACCACUAAACUAAAAACUUUUUUUUUUUUUUUACGCUUGGUAAUUUUUUUUAUUUUUUCAAAUUUGUUUAUGUUUUUUUUUAUACACAUGUUGUACAGUAAAAUUGAAGAUGGCAGCAAAGUUUAAAAAAUUUGCUGUGGUUGAAUUUCUAGAUGAAAAAAAAAUGCAUGUGUGCCAUGUUAUCUAUCGUUAUUAUGUUAUUAUUCCUUGUGUAAUUUUAUGUUACACACAUGCUAGAUGCUAAUGAUCUGAACAGCUAUAUUUAUCUUUUCUUUAAAUUUUUUAGACAGUUAUAAAACUGCUGUAGAACGAAUGGAAACAUUAGAGUUCACAUCAAGCGUUGAAACAGCUGCUGAUGGUAAUGAAAAAUUGUCCAUGCCACCAGCUAAAAAGUUAGCAGUUUGCAAAACAAGUGACACUGAGGAGACAUAUCCAUCAGUUUCCCCAAGAUUGAAGAAAUCUUUUAAUUGCCAAAAUAUUUUACAAUCCACAACUGUUCGAGAUAUUGAGCUAUUUAGUUCGAAUCGUUCUCUACCGAUAUUUUCCUCUUCUGACCAUACCUGGCAACUGUUUUGGCUGCUUUAGGCACCCGAUUUGCUGGUAAAGAAUUACAUUGAUGGGUUAUUUGUUUGAAUAUUUAAUUAAAUCAUUUGAGAAGAAAAGUUUAGAGCUGCUUGUCAGUAUUCAAUACAAUUUGAAAAAGUUAAACACUCGCCUAAUCAAUUUAGAAAAAGGUUUAGUGUUUCCUUCUGUUAGCAAUCAGAGCAUAGCUGGACCAUCCCCAUCAGUUAAAUGGAAUUAUUUGCCUGUUAAAGAGGAAAAAGAUUUUCUAGACCUGGAUGAAAAAUUACGAAACACCUAUGAUGAACUUCCUUGCAUCGGUUGGAGGCGACGAUUACAAGCAACUUACCACGGCUAUCUUAAAACAACUAAUGGCUAAAAAAGUAUGCUUAUUAUACUCUAUGUAUGGCAAUAAACAAAAGAAAUUAUUUUCGUCUCUUACGUCCUGCAAGGUGGUUAUAGAUGCCAUAAAAAAAAAGUUUGAAAACGCUAAUGACAAAAGCAUUAAAGAAAGAAAGAAUCGGCAGCUUUCUGGCAACGGCCAUUGAUAGAGAAGGCAGAAGAAAGAAUAGAACCGCAAUUAAGCAAAGCCCACUAUUGAGGGAUAGUGAGAGUGUAAUGCUGUAAUA